AUGAAUUUGCAAUCUGUCAAUAAGCCAAUCAAACCCACCGAACAACUUUGCCUAUAUAUGCAGGCUUCUAUCAGGAAGCUUGAAGUUGAUGUUGAGGUGAAAUCCGAUGCUGUGAAGUUCUGGAAUAGCAUAAGGGACUCAUCCACACUCUUCCCCAAAGCCUUCCCUGAUCAGUAUGAGAGCAUUCAGAUUCUUGAAGGCGAUGGAAAAUCUGUUGGCUCGGUUCGUUUGGUUAAGUUCGCACCCGGAGUGUCGACGAUUUCGACCUCGAAGGAGAAGAUUGAAGUUGUGGACGAAGAGAAGAAGUCAGUGAGUUACAGUGUGAUCGACGGAGAUCUGCUGAAAUAUUACAAGAACUUCAAAGCCCACCUUGUCGUAACCCCCAAAGGGGAUGGAAGCUUGGUGAAAUGGUCAUGUGAAUUUGACAAGGCAAGCGAAGAGGUCCCUAACCCAGAUCUUAUGAAAGAUUUUGCUGUCAAAAACUUCGGAGACUUGGAUGCUUAUCUUCUCAAGGCUUGA